UCCCCAUCCAUUCGUCCGGUGUUCACGGUCGCGGCUAGCCAUGGAACGUGCUUUCGCGUAGCGCGAACAGUGAACUCGCCCGAUUUGUUUACGUUAGAGAAAAAUCGCGUUUUCGCGUACCGGCCAGUGUUGCACGUCUCGCGGGUGUGCGAUGUGACAGUGACAAUAAUCCUGGUUCGCGGCAGCCGACAAUGAGCAUGAGGGAGGCUCUCAUCGACGAGGAUGACACGUGGGAAGAUUUCUGGGGAACCUCCACGGAGCUGAUGCCAUGUAUUAUGGGAGCUUUCGACUCCAUAAUUGAGGAAGGAAAACACCAGACAGUCCCGCCAAGACGAACCUACCAAUCGAGCAACUUCGCCAACCUCUCUCCCGGCGUCCAGAAGCUGUUGUCCCACGUCCCAGACCAAGAGAUCAGCCGCAGCUUUUCCUCUGAGGAGAACCUUGGUUUCAAAAAGUCCAACUCUUCCAUCUACAGAUCCCUGAGGGGCCAAACCAGAAGCACUCUAGCCUUGAACAGGAGCAACGAAUCUCUGGACAUCAUCUCGCCCAACGUGCAGAAGAUGCUGUCCAACCUGCCGGACACGGAGCUGAUCAUCUCUCCGGGAGGCUGCGACAAGAAGAUGACUAAUCGGUCUUUUCUUCACUCUGCUAAAAGGGAGGGCUGUGAGACUUUGCCGGUCGAGGAGGAGGCUGGUAAGGGUGGGGAAGGUGUGAAAAGGGAGGGGAGUGAAGAGAACGCGAGUGAGAAUUACAAACCAGUGCCUUUGGGAUCGUACCUGCAUACGUCACCGCAUGGAAUUGCUUCCAGGACACCUGUUGGGAGGAAGUCUCUAGGGAAAUACCUACAGGUUCCCAGCGAGAGCAGUCAGGGAACGUCGAGCAGCACCAACUCUUCGGAGGUUUCCAGGCCCGUAUCCCUGACCAGCAUAGGAUCAUGUUCUUCCAGCGGAAGCAGCGGCAACAACCAGGCCGGAUCUGCCUAUCUGGCUUCGGCCGAAAGCUUGGACAGCGACCCCGAACCGAGUGGCAGUCAAGGAUCUGCUGAUAGCGGUAUAGCUGAGCAACCUUCCGUGAUGACUGCAGAAAUGAGGGUUCUGCAGGAGGUCCUGGACUCUGAGGCCGUUUACGUAUCAGACCUGAACGAGGUCAUAGAGGGAUACUUGAAACGUUGGAGGUCAGAACCAGAUUGUGUUUUAGCCCCUCAUUUAGAUGCCUUAUUCAGUAACAUCGAGGAGAUCUACGAAUUCAACAAGAAAUUCCUCGACCAGCUAAGAAACGCAGAAGGGGACUCCACCAAAAUAGCCAACGUCUUCCUCCAGAACGACUCCGGCUUCUCAGUCUACCACGAGUACUGCCAGAACUACCCGCGCACAAUGGACGUCAUCGGCGACCUCACCAGAGACGACAAGAUGGUGCCCAUCUUCAGGGAGAAACAGAUCGCCCUAGGUCACGCCCUGCCACUAGGUUCCUACCUCCUCAAACCCGUCCAGAGAAUCCUCAAGUACCACCUGCUGCUGCAAAGGCUGUCCAAGCAGUGCGAACCGGAGCACAAGCACGUGGUGGACCUUGCGUUGACCACCAUGACCGGCAUAGCGUCUGACAUCAACAUGAUGAAGAGGAAGCACGAGCACGCCGUUAGGGUGCAGGAGAUACAGUCGCAGCUUUACGGGUGGAACGGGCCGGCUUUGACAGCUCUUGGUGAGCUGAUCGCCGAAGGAACCUUCAGGGUGGUUGGUGCUAGAGGUAGGAGGCACGUCUUCCUCUUCGACAAGGUUUUCUUGAUGACCAAAAGCAAGCAGGGCGGCGUUUUGGCCUACAAGUUUCAUAUCAUGUGUUCGAAUUUGAUGUUGGUAGAACAGGUCAGAGGAGAGCCCUUGUCCUUCCAAGUCCUGCCCUUCGAUAACCCAAGGCUCCAAUGCACGAUUCGCGCCAGGUCUCCUCAGCACAAGAGAGAAUGGACCCUGCAGAUUAAGAGGGUCAUCUUGGAGAACUACAGCGCCGUUAUACCUAACCACGCCAGACAGCUCGUCAUGCAACUGGGGCAAGACAUCAGCGAAAUCGAGGAAACUGAGGAGAAGUGGACGCCGCUCAAACACUCCAGCAACACCCCCCACUACCUGGAACGUCGCAGCCGCAUCCGUAAGACAGUAGACCCCUCUGGCCGUCGAGCCGCCUCCCAAGACCGUACCUUCCCCUCUCUGGCCAACUGGAGGCGCAAGUCCGAACCUGGCGUCAUCCCUCAAUACACCACCAAGACGCUGCCGCACAAGAUCACCAAGCUGAAGAAGCAGAAGGCCGCCUCCAAGUUCUACACCGACCUGUCGGACUCGGAGAACUGCGAGGCCGUCACCGAGUCCACCGAGAGCCUCGCCAGCUCCAGGCCGGCCCUGGCCGGUUGCGAGGAACUGGACGGCGGCGGGGCGAGGGCCGAGCCGGACCUGGAACGCAUAGUGUCCGACAUCGUGAACGAGGAGUUCAAGAAACUGAAAAAGGGCGGCAAGAGGUCGUUGAGGGACAGCGAACCGACCCCGGAAGUUUGGAUGGAGGAGGCGCCGACCAAGCUGCCGGCCAAGGCGGAUUCCCUGCCGAGGUCGUUUCAGCUGAACGAGAGGGCCGGCAGCGGGGCCGAGAACUACCACAAGCACGUGUUGGACAAGUCGUUGAAGGAGAACGCCAGCGCACGUCUGGAGGAUCAGCCAGAAAACGAUCUCACUUCUCACAUCGACGAUUCAGAGCACCCCGACCACAAGAUCUACAGAAAGUCCGCCAUCCGAGUCAGUCUUCUCCAGAGGAUACGUACCCUGAUGUCCGAGCAGCAGAAGAAGACCUCCACCUCGCCUAUAUGGAAGCAGCAGCACUCCAGGAGCACGGGUGAAAGGAUAGCCAACCCAGAGUACGUGGAUCCCCAGAAGUUUAUCCUGAACUCCAGCCGUUCCAGCUUGAUCCAGGACAAAGUGGACGAUCUCCUGGACGAACCGGAGCGUCUGGACAUGACCAUCAACGAAGACGACGUCAUGACGGAGAUCGAGAACCGUCUGCAGAAAUCUUUGUCUUUGAACGACACCGGUCAGUUGGAAAAGUUCGGUUGUGUGUCCAGUUUGUCCAUAAGCUCGUUCAAUUCUAGUCAAAACGAUGAUAGUUACUACGAAAGCAUUCUGGACGACCGUUUGGUUGAGGAAUACGACAGGGACUCCAGCGGGGAGCUGAUCUUGAAACAGGACAGUUUUAGAAGUACCGAAAACAGGUAUAUAUCGAGACAGAACCAAACAGCAAAAACUGAAUCUACAACCAAAUCGACAAUUUGCACCAGCAAAUCGGAAGGGAGGUUAUUCGAGAGGAAAACGAUGAUAAAAAGGCCUAAUAAGGCCCCACCGCCGAUUCCAGUGAAGCCCACACAUCUGAAGAACGGCCACAAAAAAACUGAGACAAUAAAGACUUACGAAGAAGACAGCACAAACAAAGAUAUCUGUGAGGAGAAUCUGGCUGAAGUCAUACCGACCAAAAGUUGGGUUAAGGCGAUGGUGGGUAGGUUCGAAUGACAGUUCAAGGACACCUAGGGUGGAUUGUCAUUUGUUGGACCCUGGACGGUUUCCGUUUAGCAAGUUUCUUUUUUAGUUAGCGCAAUUUUUCGUUUUUUUGUUGAGUGUUUUCUCGCUGGACUAAGACUUAUUUCAUUUGUAUCAAAUGGUUUCGAAUAUUCUCUUCCGGUUGUGUAUAUAGUGUGAGUGUGAAGCAAGUACGAAAUUCGCUUGAGUGAUUCGUUUUCUGCACCGCUUACCUUUAAAACAUUUUCUUCUCUAUUUUCUUUGAACUGUUUGUUUAUUUAUUUGAAUACUUUACGCUCGCUCGAAACUUGUCUCCAUUCCGUUUGCAAUUAUUGGACUUUUUACUUUUUUAAAAUCUCUAUUGAAAAUGUGAACAAAAUAAACCGAGAAUAAAAAUAUUGUUUUUCUACUUGUAAAUCGGAUAUCAAAAAGUUGAUAUGUUGUAAUGAGGAAAAGUGGCUGUUGCAGAAUAUUUUACUUGUUGACAAUAUUUAAAAGUUUAUAAAGAACUUGUACGAGUCACUUUCAGUAUAUAUUCUAUCUUUAUUAAGUAAAAAUAGAUAAAUAUCUACUUAACAAUACAAUGUGCCAAAUAGAUAUCAUCAUUUAAAUUAUUGUUGAAUAAAGUAAUAUAAUUUUUGUAAAAACGUUAUGCGUAAUAUUGAAUAUAUUAUUGACAUGAA